AUGAUAGAGCCAAGUCCAAGGAACGGCAAAGCAGAAAUUACUACAGAUACCUUCACCGGUCCGUUCACCGAUAUUAAGACACAGCUUGACGAGAUCAAGAAAUUGGUUGAGAAUAAGGAUGCGCAGCCACCGGGCAAGGACGCUGAUGGUGUAAGAGAUUUGUUGGAAAAGCUUAAAAGCGCGCUUGAUUCAGGAAAGCUGGAGGGAGCUGAGAAAGGUUUGGAAGCAAUCAGAGAUGCGAUUCAAAAGCUGCAUGAUAAUCAGUUUACUAACCAACCCGCUGCAAUCGACUUAGCCGUCACCCAAAUUAAGUUGCAGCUUAAAGGCCUUAGAGAGAAGUUGAAGAAAGAUAAGGGUAGUGAUGUAAUUGAGACAUUAAAAGAUUUAAACACUGCUGGUAUCGACGGCAAGAAUGGUACACAAUGGACACCGAACGGUAAACCUCUCAGUGGUCUUGGGAAAAUCCAGUAUGAACUCACAUAUCAGAAUAAGGUAUUGCCCGCGCAGACUAAAGAAAUCGAAGAGGCUUUAAAACAUAUUAAGUAUCAACUUGCAGUGAUUGGAGUCAAAUUGCGAAAUGUUGGAAACAAUGAUGACAUCCUAAAUCCGUUGCAGCGAUUUAAACGAAGGAUUGGCAAAAAUGCCCCGGAGCCAGGAAAUCUUCAGAAAAUUCAUAAUGAAAUUAAAAACCUUCAAGAACAGCCGUUUAAACAGCAUCCCACUGAAAUCGAACAGGCCAAAGAUCUUAUUAAACAAGAACUUACUGCCAUCCAAAAAGUGUUGCAAGGCACCAAGGGCAGUGAUGUCAUUGAGACACUGAACGAUUUGAAGGGCAAUGGACUAAGUGGAGAUAAGGUGUGGAAUGUUAAUGGUCAAGAUAAAAAAGGCCUUAAAAGCAUCGAAAGUGACCUUAAAGGUCAACAAACUACGUUGUCCACUCAACCCCAAAAUAUCCAGACUGGCGUCUCACAGAUCACCGGGGAGCUUACAAAACUUCAGACGCAGUUGAAUACUGAUGUCACCGAAAAGCUCAAGAAGCUGAGAGACCAUGGCCUUACUGACGGUAAAGAAGCAUGGACAAUUGACAAACAUUCCGCCAAAGGCCUCACUCAAAUCACCACGGACAUCGAGACCAUAAAGUCCAAGGACGUCGACAAUGUUAAGCAUUAUCUUAUCGCCCUGUGCAGCGCUAUUAAGCAUAACGCAAGAGAUCUCAGAGACAUUUUAAAAGAAGUGAAGGAUAAUCUGAUCGGCGAGUUGACUGGAAUUAAAAAUAAUCUGCGCCAACUGCUAAGCGGCCCGGCGCAUACUGCCAUAAAAGACCUCAAAGCCCUUUUAAGAUUCCUCGACAACGGAAAGGCGCGAAUAAUCCGUGACCUCCACGCUUUCGUCAACAAGGAGGUCAAGGCAGCCGAAGAGACGUUGAUCGGGGAGGCACGCCGGCAGUAUGUCUCCAACAUCAAGGAGGCGCUGGAGGCCUUCGCCCGGAAGGUGGAAGAGGAAUUAAGUCCCUUGCCUCCGUUAAUAAACGGGGAUCUCCAAAUAGGGUACAAAGGGUUCAUGAUACAGGUUGAAGGGAAGGACAGUAGAAACAUAGAUUUGCUUAAAGAUGCCACCAGCGUCCGUGAUUUAUCGUAUCGCUUUGGCGUCUUCUUCGGGAGAGUGCAGUUGUAUAUCGACGCAGAGAUCAGGAGGGUUAACGAAAAAGAAAAUGCUCAGAAAAAUCCCUCGCUGCCCAAAUCCCGAGAUCACUACGCUGAUAAACUUAACGAUGUUCACACAGCACUGAGUGAUUUACUCAGCCACUUGACUCAGCAGCAGCGGUACGACUACAGGGUGCCCGGACUGCUCGACGCGCUGGAGUCAGCGGUGUCCCAGCUCAGACCGGAAGCCUUCGCGCACACGAGCACCGCAAUUCUAGACGGCGUAGGCUCAGGCCUCGCCGCGCUUGUCGCGGAACUGAGAACGGUGUACAUCUCCACAUACGACGGGGCGUUUGAGGGCCGCGUGCUAGUCGACGCGGCGAAAAAGACGCACACCCCGGAGGCCUCCAAAUGCGCCUUCGUUCUGCUGACCAUCGCCGACACGCUGUUCCGCGCCGUCAAUAAGCUCAGAAUGGGCUGCGCAGAUGGGUGGGCACAUUACAACAUUAACGUCGGCUGCGGCCUCGGCGUGUUCCUCCAGCAACGCGGCUACCGGGUCACCUCGGCGGGCGUUCCGGACGGCGAGCUCAGGAACGACAGUGACUGCAGCGGCCAGAAGAUUAGAGAGCUCACCGAUAAUAUCAUGGAGCCUCUCGACGAACUCCACGAAUACCUCAAGUGUUACCUGCGUCUCUGUCACUUGCGUGUUCCGUCUCAGCCGCGGUACCCCGGUACUGUCAGGGACAUUCUCGCGUGGUUCGCAGGGCUUCCUUACUCCGUGCUCUAUGAGCGCGUUCAGGCGCAUUGCAACGUCCUGUUCAGGGGCGAGGGUGAUGCAGUGGUCAAGCAUUGCUUGGGAUCCAUCCCAGGCGCACUCAGCCUUGUCACGCACCGCUGCAGCGCCCUGCUCACCACCAUUUGCGGUAACGGCAGAGGCUUCGACCACGCCGACUACCCCUACGCCUGCAACUUCUGGGACAACUCACGCGGCCUCCACUACCCCUCAGACCUCGCCGAUUUGUUACAUAUGCUGACUCAUUUAUGUAAAUGUUUGCUACUUGCACUCAACUUUUUGCGCGCACGAUGCAAAUAUGAUGCCUCCACGGGCCACGGCUGGCGCGACUGCCAGUACGGCAGAAGCGUCCCCGCCGCCAGCUGGCAAUGUAACAAGCACUUAAUGUGUGAACCAAAUGGCCGACCAACGUGCCGACCAAAUGGCCAACCUAUGUGCCAGUCAACGUGCCAACCAAAAUCCCCGCUACAGGCCCAUUUGAUGGACCAUCUGGCGGGCUUCCUACCGCAUAAGUUGGCCUCCGUCGGUUGUGACUCGCAGUGCGACACGUGUUCUAUCGCAUCCCCCGGCAUGCCCUGUGUCACGCCCAUGGGCUUCUGGGACCUGACAGAGGCGGCGUCUAUUGUCGGCAGUGGUGAGCGAAUAUGCGCCGUGCUCACCGCCCUGUGCAGUGGUGCCGAGUCGCCCCUGCCAACACUAUUACGUUGCCUGUCGUCAAUUGACCCCUCGCCGCCUCAAAGUCUCGGUGACAUGUUUGCGUUCUACUGCAACGUGUUCCGGUGCCGGCAGUCCGCUGAGUACGUUGACAACGUCCACUUCACUGGUCACCUGAGCACUGCGGCAAUCCCCAGCGUCUCUCUGUACCUCUGUCCCACCACCGAGGCGGCGCAGCUGACCGACGCCCUCACCAGGCUACACCACUCCCCCGACGACCACAGUGGCGCAUCCCCAACGGACGCUGCCACUAACACCUUACAGGCCACCCACUCGGACCUGUCGAGUCUCACCGUCCGGUCGCGGUGCGCCGACUCACUGACCUGCGCCCCCUACCUCCAACCGCUCUCCUUCCACGCCUACCACACCUUCGCUGAGAAGCACGCGGAGGUAUAUUUGUCGUGGGUCAUAUACACCGCAUGGCAAUUCUGGGAGCUGCUCCAGCAAUUGCUCAACGCCUUUCAAGACAUUGACUGCGCGGGCUCCGGGUGCUCGACAUGUCCCUGCAAGCCGGGUCAACAUGGCGUCGACGUCAACUGCAAGUGCAAGGCACUGGUGAGCUGUCACGGCGUCCUGCCGACGUUUCACGCAUACGGAUUUACGUUUGGAAACACGAGAGCCUUGCACGGCAAUAACAGAAAAUAUUGCCGUAAUUUCCGCACCCAGCUCAGCCAAGUCCUACACUCCGACCACUUCACACAUCUCUUCUACCAGUGCGACCUUUUCCUCUACCGCAUCCGCGCCCCCUUCCUCUUCGCCAUCACAGCGCUAUGGCUCAUCGCCACGCUCUACAUUCUCCACUCACUCCUCUACCGCAUGGACGUCCUGCGCCUCCGCUCGCACCUUCUCACCACCAGGGCCUCCCACCUCAUCGACGUCAAGGCGCUGCUCGCCGGAAGCCGCAAGAUGCUCUCACUCUACAAGGACGUCGACUACUUCGACGAUGACUUUCACUCUCAACCCGCUGCAAUUGGCAAAGCCGUCGAGCAAAUUAAGGCGGAGCUUGGAGAGCUUAGGAGCAAGUUGAAGAAUGAAAAACCUGAUGAGAAGAAUGAUGUCAUCAACGCUUUGAGUAAUUUAAAUACUGCAGGUCUUGGUAAGAAUACCUGGACACCGAACGGUCAACCUCUCAGUGGUCUUGGGAAAAUCGAGAGUGAGCUUAAUACUGAAAUUGUAAAGUUGCCGCAGGAAACAAAAAAAAUCACCGAGGCCGUAAACGCAAUAGGCGCUGAGAUUAUAAGGAUAGGAUUUCGGUUAAAUUCAUUUGUGACCUAUGAUGACGUUGUGGAUCAGAUGACAAGGUUAGCAAAGCAUCUUGGUACAUAUAAGGGUAAAUAUGGAAGAAAUUACACUGUCAACCUUAAAAGCAUUCAGGAGGCAAUUAGACAACUGCAAAGCAACGAUUUUACUAAUAAACCCAGAGAAAUCAAUGACGCCAACGACCUUAUUAAACAAGAACUCACUGCCCUUCAAGGUGAGUUGCAAGGCACCAAGGACAAGGAUGUCAUAAAGUCACUGGAGGAUCUGAGGGACACUGGACUUGGCGGCGGUGACUGGAAAAAAGAACACAAUGAAAAAGGCCUCGCAAAAAUAAAUGGUGAACUUAACACUCAACAAACUACGUUGUCCACUCAGCCCACUGCAAUCGGCGGUGGCGUCACCCUGAUCACCAAUGAGCUUAAAAGGCUUCAGACGCAGUUGAACACUGAGGUCACCGAAAAGCUAACUAAGUUAAAAAGUGACGGCCUUGGCAAUGUAGCAAGUUGGAAUAUUGACAGUAACUCUGCAAAAGGCCUCACUAAAAUCACCACGGACAUCGAGACCAUAAAAGAAGAUAACGUUAAAGACGUGAAGGACAAACUCAAGGAGCUGUGCACAGAAAUUCGUACCUUAGCGAGGGAGGCAAAAAGGGACUUGGAACAUGUGAAAAAAGACAGGCUGGAAUAUGAGUUGACUGGAAUAAAGAAUGAUUUGCACAGACUGCAGAUCCGUCUGGUGAGUGGGCCAAUGCAGGCCUGCAAGGAGUUCAUUAACAAGGACGCCGACAAGUUCGGAAGGGAGUGCAUUGCGUUCCUCACAGCGUUCGUCGACGGCCAAGUGGACACCGCAAUCGAGGACCUAACAGCCUUCGCCAGGCAGCAGUGCGCCGCCAACAUCAAGGAACCGCUGAAGGCCUUCGCCCUCAAGGUGGAAGAGGAGCUGCGGGAGUUGCCUCCGUUAAUAAACGGGGAUCUGCAGAUGGGGUAUAAAGGGUUUGUGCAUGAUUUUCAGCAACGCUUCGAGUCUCACAUCCUUCCUCAGAAGGGUGCUCUGCAACUCGACGCCCUGUCCACAGGCUUCAAGCGGUUCCACCUGGCGCUCUCGGGAUACAUCAGCACAGAGAUCAGGAGGGUGCACAGCGAGGAGAGUAAAAAGAAGAAUCCCUCACUGCCCCCGGCAGAGGAUCACUACGCCGAGAGGCUUUACGGCGUCACCCAGGCACUCGAGGAGUUGCUGGAACACAUCGGCAGGGAGAAACGUUUCGACCGCAGACUUCCCGAAAUGCUCGAUAAACUCGCCAAGGCAGUCGGAGCCCUGCGACCGGAGAAAUUCGCCAAAGUCACAACUCCGAUACUCGACGGCGUGGCGGAGGCAGCGGACUCUUUUGUCGAGGAACUGAGAACGGUGUACAUCUCCACAUACGACGGGGCGUUUGAGGGCCGCGUGCUAGUCGACGCGCGGAACAGCAGGGUGACGGCGGACGGCGAAAAAUGCGCGAAGAUACUGUUGACGAUUUUGCCCACUGUAUGCUCUGGGAUCACAAAGCUCAACGACGGCCUGGCAGGGAGGAAGCAAAAUUGGUGGCAUCACAAAAUUCAUAUAGGCAAUAAACUCGGAGAUUUCUUUGCCAGCCGCGGAUUCAAAGUGUCCACCGACGAAGGCCAAAACGACGCGGAGCUGCAGAACUCCGAGAGUAUGAAAGGUAAGCAUAUCCAUGGAAUUCUCACUGAGAUGGUUCAGGACGCUGACGGCGAACACCUCAAAAAAUGCUCCGCAAUUAAACAAACUGGCCAGAAUAAUUAUAAUCUCUUCGAUCUCCUUGCGUGCCUUUGUUGUCACCUAAAUGAAUACUAUGAGACGUGUCAUCUCAUAGUUCCACCGUCGCCUAGGACGCCGUGUAACAUCUACCAGAUGCUCUGCUGGCUGACAGGCCUCCCGCACAAUAGGGUCUACGAUCGCCUUAAGCAGCAGGUUAAAUCCGUGCUAAGCAACGCCGACGAUAAUUCCACAGACACCAAAUGGUACAUGGACGCGCAGCCCAACGCAGUCACCGCCACAAAUCUGGCCGCCGCACUUCACGAUGUCACGUCCCACUCCCCCGCCCUGCUCACCAGGGUGCUCGGCUACGGCAGUGCAUCGACAACGUACGCCUGUGACUUCUAUAGCAACGCACUGAAACUGUAUUACCCGCAGGACGGCGGCGAUUGCCUGCACAUGAUGCUGCAUAUCCUCUGUCGAUUGCUUGUCGUGCUCAGAUUUCUGUUCUCUCAAUGCUCACUCCCCGCUCACCAUGGCGGCUGGGCGGAGUGCCAGUACGGCAAGGGCGUUCCACCAUACACGUGGCAGUGCAAUCCUCCACUCACCGCCCUGCCCAACCCUCACCCGGAGUGCACCGAUAAAUCCCCUCUGCAAUCAUACCUCAACGACUGCCUGCCCGGCCACCUGCCUCACCAGUUGGUCUCUGUUGGCUGCGAGCCUCGGUGUAACACCUGUCCCAGUGCACCAAGUGGAAUGCCCUGUCUCACUCCCCUCGGCUUCCGGGGUUUCUCUGGAAGUACGAGGACAGGCAAGGAGCUGUGCAAAGUGCUGACCAAAUGGUUCGGCAACGUCCAUAUCAAAUCGCUGCUCAGCCUCUGUCCCAGACCGCCGGCUACGCUGGCUGAGCACAUUUCCUUUGCCUCGUCUCUCGUUGGUGGUUGGCAACACAGUGCUCUGCCGUCAGCCAUCGACGCCUUUCAAUCUGCGUUCACAGCCUCCAUCACCGGCCAGUCCAUGACACUCUACCGCGAGCCCGGCAAGCUCACAGAUGCUCUGCGUGAUGCUUACGGCAACGGUCGGAGCGGUCAUGGCAUUCAGCAUUCCACUUCUACAAAUGCCGACCUGUCCAGCCUGUCGAUGGCAGACUGCUGCACGCUUUCCAACGACGCCAGCAUCAACUGCGCUCCCUUCCUAUCAGCCCUGUGCAGCGAUGCGUAUCAUUGCUUACCUCACCGACACGCCGACCUCUACCUCUCAUGGGCCGUCUACCUCCCGUGGACACUGUAUGAUUUAUUGCAGUGUCUAUUCGCCGCUUUCCAGCAGAUCUCCUGCCGCGACUGGGGCUGCGGUGAUUGCCUUCACGAGGACCCUUGUGACCCGGGCAGCCACGGCCUCCCCAGUCCCCAGUCGCCGGGGCACAGCUGCCGAUGCCGCUCCAUCGUCGGCUGCAACGGCGUGAUGCCGACCUUGUACAGUCACGGCUUCACCUUUGGGGACGCACCGGCGCUGAUAUCGCAGAACAAGAAUUGUUCCACCCUCGCCAAGCAGCUCAGCCAAGUCCUACACUCCGACCACUUCACGGAACUGUUCGACCAGUGUGACCAGUUCCUCUAUCGCAUCCGUGCCCCCUUCCUCUUCUGCCUCAUAGCACUCUGGCUCAUCGCCACGGUCUACAUCCUCGGCGUACUCCUCUACCGCAUGGACGUCCUCCGCAUCCGCUCCCACCUCCUCACCACCAGGGCCUCCCACCUUAUCGACGUCAAGGCCUUACUCGCCGGCAGCCGCAGGAUGCUCUCGCUCUACAAGGACGUGGCGGUGAUUGGCCUGAACAUUGUUGCAAUUAACACCGCAAAUGGCACUCUCCUCCAACAAGUUACCAACUUGAACACUUGGAUCUCUACCGCUGAGGGGAUCCGCAAGACCGCCGAGGCUAAGGCUACGGAAGCCUAUGACAAGUUGAAGGUUAAUCAGACACUGGAUGAGAAUGUUAAGAAAAUUGUGGCUGCUAAUAAGACAAUUAAUGAUGUUCAUAAAAAUGUUACUGGCCAUCUUAGUAGUUUGGAAACGUGGAAAAUUAAGGCCGGGGAAGUGCUUGCCGGGGCGAUUGGGAAGGCGACGGAUGUGUAUGACAAGCUGGAUGUUGAACAAACAGGUAAAGGAUAUUUGAAAACACAGAUUGAAGGAAUUACGCAAGCUAAAGGAGAAAUUCAGAAGGCAAAUGACGAACUCGGCACCCAUGUCUCCAGUCUGGGAGAUUGGAAGACUGCGGCCGGGGAUGUUAUUGACAAGGCGGAUGAGAAGUGUAAUAAAAUUUUGGAGAAAGUUAAGACAGAUAAAGCUUCUCCAGGUCCGAUUUAUGAGAACGCUAAAGCAAUAAAUGAGAAUGCUCAGACACUUUUGGAAGCUGCGAAGUCGGCUAAAAAGGCUGUUGAGCAGAAAGUCACAGAAGCCUUACAGGUUGUUGUAAAAAUGGACGAAAGUCUUAAGAAGGAUUUGAAGGGGGUGAAGACGGCGAUUAAGGGAGGGAUUCAGAAGGUGAUUAAGGAUUUGGAAGUUGAGAAAUUGGAUCAGAAAGUGAGAGAUGAUUUGGGGACGUUGAAGCAGAGGAUUAGUGGGCUUACGCAAAAUAUGGAACAGAACCCUCAAACUCAUCCGCUUGUUCAACAGGCAUUUUCUCAACUUUCAACAGCUAAGGAUACGUUUAAUCAGGAGCAUAUUAACAAGAUUACAACGGAGACGGAUGGGCUUGAGAGUAAGUUUAGGACCGCGAUCAAGGAUCCGCUUAACACGGCGGUCGAUAAAGUUGACCAGGCGAUUGAGGCGCUUGGCGGGAAUUUCCAGCUGCGUAACGGAGAAAGAAAUAUUGAUAAGAUUUUCGGGCACAUUAAAGGAAAGGUUGGGGAGAUUCUGAACGGUGAGGACGGAAAUAAAGGUUUAAAUGGGAUUGCGAAAGGUUUGGUGGAGAGCUAUGCCGGUGGGUUUGGCCCGGAGGAAUGGAGCUUUAAAAGAAUAGUAGGCGGUUGGGCGGAGGGCAUUUUGGGUAGUAAUGAGAAUAACAAUAAGAAGGACCCUAAAAAGUGGCUUGAGAAGUAUGUUCAGAAUAACGGUGGGAAUGGGAAAGAAGCGGUGAACUUGCUGAAUGGUACUAUACGUGGGUUUUCAUGGAGUAAAAAAAUUAUCGACCAAAUUAAGACGGAGCUGAACGGAGCGAUUGAACAAGCCGCUGCAGAGGUUAAAAUGGAUAACGACAACAUCCAAACAACCAUUACAUCCGUCAAGGAAGCCUGUGAGGAAUUUGUAAAAGGGCUUGAUAACAAACUAGCGUCCGAUGGAAUUCAGAAGCUUGCCCAGGAGAUAUACGAUAAAAUUGCCAGUGAGGGUGGACGGAGGAGUUCCGGCGGCCACGACAUUCAAGCCGCUAUUAAACCCGCCAUACAAGCCGCGCUCAUUGGUCUCUCCGCUACUGCAAGCCAGGUGGCCAACGAAAUUGACUCUAUCCUGCUCGGCACAUACAGGGUGGACGGCAAAUCAAUCGCGCAGGUAUUGGAUGAAACUUUGGAUGCAACUAAGAAUCUAGACAGUCAGCUUACCGAGGCGACUAAAAAUGGCCCCUCACCUCCCGCCCCCGAAGCUGGCACCGCCCAAGCCGUGGACAGUAAGUUGACGGCGGUGAGGGAUUUCGUGAAUGGACAAGACGAUAAUAUUACCAACAAGUUUAAAAAUGAAGUAAAACAUGGACUUCAACAGAAAGUUCAAAAACUUCCCACCGCCGUUGACGCUUUCAACACUGAAGCUCAAUCACAGAUCAAGGAUGCCGCCAAGACGGCGAUUAAGGAGGCGGCCAACGUGAUAAGUAAAGGUGUUAGUCCAAAUGAAGAUGAGAUGAAGGACAAGAUGCCAAGUUUCCACACAACCUACGGGCCGAUCAAAAAGGAGCUCAAAGAUAAACUUGAUGCAGAGGUUGAGAAGUACAUUGGGAGGGAUGAGCAUGAUGGUGUUAACAUUAAAGAUGUCGUUCAAGGUUUUGAGCAGUAUAAAGGGCACGUUAAACAAGAAAAUAUUAAGCCCGGUAAAACUCUCCAAGGCACCAAGGACGAAGGCUAUCUUCCAGAGGCGAUCGGGAAGAUCAAGACUCAGGGUCUGAAAACGCUUAAUAAGACUAUUGGUGAUACUUCCACAGACAAGAUUACUGAUAUAACCUUCACCGGUCCGUUAGACAAAAUUAAGAAUGAGCUUGAAGCGAUCAAGAGAUUGGUUGAUGAAAAUAGUAAAGGUUAUAUCGAUGGAUAUAAAGAUGACAAAAAAGGCGUUAAAAUCUUAUUGAAAGAUCUCAGCGAUGGACUUACAAAAAAGGUUCCGGGAGUUUUCGAAAAUGGCCUCGCUGACAUCCAAAAAGCGAUUGAAAAGCUGAAAACGCAGACGUAUGAUCCCAAAACUACACAAAUCGACGCAGCCGUCACAGCAAUUAAGGCGCAGCUUGGAGAGCUUAGGAGCAAGUUGAAGAAGGAGAACGGCGAUAAAGAUGAUGUGAUCAACGUUUUGGAAGAUUUAAAUAGCAAGGGGCUUGGCACCGGUGAUAAGGAUUGGACACCGAACGGUAAAGGUCAAACUCUCAGCGGUCUUGGGAGAAUUCAGUAUGAGCUCACAUAUCAGAAUAAGGUAUUGCCCGUGCAGACGAAAAUUAUUACCGACGCUAUUGGCGCAGUAGCGUGGGAGCUUGGCAAGAUCGGAAUAAAGUUUCAAGAUGUAUUCACUAGCAAUGAUAUUCUGGACAAGUUGCGCGCACUUGACAGGAAACUGGGUAAAGGUAAAGUAAUAGAUAGCGGCAAUCUUCAAGAAAUUAAAAAUGUGAUUCGUGGGCUCCAAAGCACUGAGUUUACUAAUAAACCCAACGAUAUUGGUACAGCCAACUCAGCAAUUAAACAAGAACUCACUACCCUCCGAACUGAGUUGCAAGGCACCAAGGACAACGAUGUCAUCAAGACUCUGGAAGAUUUGAAGGGCGAUGGACUAAGUGAUAAGGAGUGGAAUCACGGAGAGAAUAAAAAAGGCCUUAAAACAAUCGAAAGUGCACUUAAAGCUCAACAAACUACGUUGGGACAACAACCCGGCAAAAUAGACCAAGGCGCCCAGUCAAUCACCAAUGAGCUUAACAGGCUUCAGACGCAGUUGAACACUGAGGUCACCGAGAAGCUCAAGAAGCUGAAAGAAAGUGGCCUUGGAACUGGUGAACAACCAUGGACAUCCGACAGUAAAACCUUAAAUGGCAUUCAAAAAAUCACCGAAGACAUCGAGACCAUAAAGGACAAGGACGUUAAGGAAGUGAAGGACAAACUCAAGGAGCUGUGCACAGAAAUUCGUACCUUAGCGAGGGAGGCAAAAAGGGACUUGGAACAUGUGAAAAAAGACAGGCUGGAGUAUGAGUUGACUGGAAUAAAAGACCAAUUGCACAACCUGCAGAUCCGUCUGGUGAGUGGGCCAAUCAAGGCCUGCAAGGAGUUCAUUAAUAAAGACGCCGACAGGUUCGGAAGGGAGUGCAUUGCGUCCCUCACAGCGUUCGUCGACGGCCAAGUGGCCACCGCAAUCGAGGACUUAACAGCCUUCGCGAGGCAGCAGUGCGCCGCCAACAUCAAGGAGGCGCUGACGGCCUUCGCCCUCAAGGUGGAAGAGGAGCUGCGGGAGUUGCCGUGGGAGAUCGACAGGGACCUGAGACUGGAGUACAAGGGCCUUAUGGCCCGAGUGGAGCACGGCCUGCAAAAUGACCUCAACGUCCAUAAAAAAAAGGGGUCAAAAACCCUUCCGCUGCUGUCAUCCGCUUUCAUGAGUUUCUACUUGUCACUCGAGGACCACGUGGACAGGGAGAUAAAUCGGUUCCACGACGAGGAGCAGAGGAAGAGAAAUCCCAAACGGCAGGACGGACAGGAGUAUUCCACUAGGCUCUCCGUGGUAAACGAGGCGUUCCACACAGUGCUCACGUACCUCAAGGACAACGAUACCUUCGACCACAGACUCCAAGCGCUGCUCCGCAACCUCACCGACGCGCUGAGUCACCUGCGACCUGAGAGCUUCGCCAGGCCCUCAAGUCCCCUGCUGGACGGCCUGGUGGAGGGGCUCACAAAGUUCGCCGCCGAGUUCACAUGUGCGUACGUCUCCGCCUACGCCGGCGCACAGUUCACCGAUGACGAAGGUGAGAAGUACGCGAAAGUCUUUCUCACCACGCUGCCCACACUGUGCGACGCCUUCACCAGGCUGGCGGAGCAGUGCGGCAAAGGCGGUGCUGCAGGCUGGAGGGACUUGAAGAUUAAUGCAAGCAACCAGUUCGGCACAUUCCUCCACCGCUGCGGCUACAAGGUCUCCACCUCUCCCACCCUGCAGGACGGCGAGCUGCGCGACGACGCUGAGUGCAACGGCCACGACGUGUUUGUCUUGGUCAGCCAGAAGAUUAAGGAGACCCAUGACAACGCACACCUCAAAAAAUGCCUGUCCCUCACACACGCCUGUAAUCUCUUGCAGCUCCUCAAAUGCCUCUGCACGCACCUCACUGAGUACUAUGAGACGUGCCACCUCAAGGUGUGUCCCUCACCCCGGCCGCCGUGCUCCGUCUACGAGAUGCUCACAUGGUGCUGCGGGCUCCCGUACAACGCCGUGAAUCUUAACGUCAAUUACGAUGCCCUGCCAUCGCUCUUCGAGGCGGACGAGCAGGACUCUGCGGAAUCCGACGUGGCCUUGAUAAACCUCAGCAGCCUGGCGCUGGAAGCUUACCCGCAGAACGUAACACCGGCGUCCCUCACCGACGCACUCACGGAGGUCUGCCAUAAAGCGCAUUCGGUGCUCACCACCCUACUCGGCCACGGCCAUGCCGGAGGCAUCUACGCCGUAGACUUCAACACCAACCCCGGAGGCCUGCUGUAUCCCCGUGACACGGACGUGUUGCUCUGCCUGCUCUUCGACGUCCUCAGACGCCUCCACCACCAGCUCCAUUUCCUCUACCGCCGGUGCCUCUACAACACCAGGCACGGCGGAUGGCUCGACUGCUGGUACGGCCGGGACGUCGGUGGCUCCAGUUGGAAGUGCAACACCAUGCAGUGUGCCAACCAGCAGUGUGACCAACAGUGCAACCAAACACACAACCAAAUAUGUAACCAACAGUGUGACCAAACACACAACCAAAUAUGUAACCAACGCUGUGACCAACAUCCCAAGUGCGGCGUCAAGUCGCCGCUCCAGUCGUUCCUGGAGGACGGCCUUGUGGGCUUCCUGCCGCAUGACGUGUCGGCAGAUGGCACCUGUGUCUCAUGCUCCGGCUGCGACACUAAGUCACCCGGCCUCCCGUGCAAGACGCCGAUGGGCCUCUCCAACAUCACCAGGCUGGCCUCCCGUGCGUGCCCAGGCAGAGCCAUCAUGGACGUCCUCGGCGCCUUCUGCGGCGGCGCAUCGUCGCCCCUCACCAGGCUCUGCAGCUCCCUGACAUGCCUCCUCACUCGCCCGCCACGGACGCCAGACGACCUGUUCGCCUUUUACUACAACUUCAUAUGUGAGUGGAGCGGCAGCGGCGAGCACCGUAAGGCGGCCUUCGAGGACGCCGUCGGCGACGCGUGCUUCUGGCAGCGGGGCGUGACGCUGGACGUCAGUUCUAUCUUCGGCACAAGUGACCACGGCAACGAGCAGAAUAUACCUCAUCUCACCGGCGAUCUCUUCUCACUCGUCAAGUGCAACGGCACUCCAGGCUCCGCUCCGUCACACCCCUGCGGCCCCUACCUCAAGCCCCUCGGCCACGACCUACGCGCCACAUUCGCCAAGGCACACGCCCACCUCUACCUCUCGUGGGUGGUAUACCUCACGGAGACUUUCUACGACUUCCUCAGGGAACUGCUCCAGGACUGCGAGCGCACCUGCGCCGACGCCACGUCCAACUGCCACGCCAACAGCUGCGCCGACCACUGCCCAGCCAAGCGUCUUCCCAUGGCCCCGGACUCCAAUCACACUGCCCACUGCCUUUCCAUCGUGGACUGCGACUCCAUCACGCCAACACUCUUCCAGUACGGCUUCGCGCUCAGGGACGUCCACACCCUCGCCGGAUCCACCAGCGGCCACCAGACCAAGCGCACCUGCGCGGAUUUCUGCCUGGCCCUCCGAGUCGCCGUCAAGCAGAUGAACCCUCUCCACAAGCUGGCGCACGAGACAAUCCCCGAGUACCUAUAUCGCAUCCGUGCCCCCUUCCUCUUCACCCUCGUCGCACUUUGGCUCACCGCCCUCGCCUACAUCCUCGUCUCACUCCUCUACCGCAUCGACGUCCUAAGCAUCCGCUCCCACCUCCUCACCUCCACGGCCUCCCACCAACUCGACGUCAAGGCCCUGCUCUCCCGAAGCCGCAGGAUUCUCUCGCUCUACAAAGACGUCGACUACUUCGACGACGACUUUCACUCUUGA